AUGCAAAACUGUUCAUAUCUAUCAAUCUAUCUCAGUCUGUUGAUUAUCUAUCUAUCUAUCUAUCUAUCUAUCUAUCUAUCUAUCUAUUUCAGAAUUCUUGAAAGUUCUGGCAAUGAAACUCAGAAGAUCUAUUCGUGUUUCCAAGCCUCAAUUGACCAACGAAAUGUCGAGUUGGUUCCGCUACAGCUUAAUACCCUUAUCAAUGUCACGCACAAAGACGUCACUACAAACAUCCCUUUCUUUCUAUCUCUCGCAUCUGAUGAUUAUCUAUCUAUCUAUCUAUCUAUCUAUCUAUCUAUCUAUCUAAUCCAUUACAUUCACUUAUGUGCUAAUACCCUUUGGAAACGUAUGGAUACUCUUCUCCCCACCCCCAGCUAUGGGACUGUUUACAUGUAUGCAUAUAUCUAUCACAUUCUACUGAUAUCUAUCUAUCUAUCUAUCUAUCUAUCUAUCUAUCUAUCUAAUCCAUUACACUCACUUACGGGCUAA